AUGUCGUCGCUCGAAGCCAAAAUUGUCGUUCUCGGCGCCCAGGGUGUUGGGAAGACGUCUCUGGUUAUGAGAUAUUGCAAGGGUGCAUUUAAUCCGGCUCAGAUCACCUCUACAGUCGGUGCCAGCUUUCUCACAAAGCGCGUUGUGGACUCGGAUUCAGAUACAGUUGUGCGCCUCCAAAUAUGGGAUACAGCCGGUCAAGAACGCUUCCGAUCCAUUUCUCGCCUCUAUUACCGCGGCGCAAACGCCUGCAUCCUUUGCUACAGUAUCACAGACGCACAAUCAUUCGCCGAUAUGGGCGUAUGGCUCAUGGAACUCCGACGAAAUCUCCCCCACGACGUCAUCCUCCAUGUUGUCGGUACAAAGGCCGACAUUGUCGCUCGCGAUCCUUCGGCCCGCCAGGUCCCAUUCGAACGCUGCAUCGCCUACGUCGCCGAGAACCUUGCCCCGGGCAUGGGCAGCACGCCGCCCCCUACCGCUACCCCUUAUAACAUUCCCACACCAAUGAUGGGUGGCCAAGCCAUGUCGCCUCCGUCUAUGGAGGCUCGCAGCCCCAGCUCAAAACGUAGUUCUGGUUUUUGGGCACAAGAAGUUGGAUGGGACGCAUGCCACGAAAUCAGCGCCGAGACAGGAGAGGGCGUCGAGGAGGUCUUUCGUGUUGUCACACGCAAACUCGUCGAGCAGAACCGCAAGAUGCAGCAGGCUCUGUUGAUGGCCACCGCCAUCCCCGGCACACCAGGCUACGAAGCUGGCAUGGAUGGAGGCUAUUUUGCUGGUGCGGAUGCGCGUGGCAGUUUCCGCGUGGGCCGCGACCGUCGCAGCUGGCUCUUCUCGCCGGCUUUCUCGCCUGCCAUCACUGUUGAACAGGCGGGAACCCAGGAGCAGACAAAUCCGGACGGCUGGGACCAACUCCAGGAUUACCUUAGACGAAGAGGACGCGAACGAAGCGAUACAGAUGCUAUGUUGUGUGGACAGGCGAGACGAGGUCAUGUCUGCAACGAAUUCCCUACGGCUACGGCGACGACGGAAGACGACCUUUAG